GUCGGUGUGAGAGGUUGCCUAGAUGGCGCCACUCAAGGUUGUGUGUGCUGCGGUGUGUGUGGUGGCAGUAGUCAGUGCUGUACCUGCUCCAAUACACGCUCCUCGACCCUCACCGCGAGUUGAUAGUAAUAACUCCGAUGGGGAUUCGAGUUCCGUCACAGUUCCCAAGGAUGUCUGGGGUUCUAUCUCCUCCCCGGACACAGGGUCAAAUCUUGUUUCUCAAUCAUCACCGAAGUCUGAUUCAUCCCCGAAGUCUGACUCAUUCCCGAAAUCCAUAGCGGAAUCAACGGAGGCCCCGAACGCCGAGGGUGUUUUCGAGCUGCAGCAGGAAAUGAAGUUUCCGUUCCCUCAAGGCGAAGUGAAUCCUAUGCCCCAGCUGGUGGGUGCAGGAGAAAAGGGAAUACGACAUCCUCCGUUUACAGAUUCACCUGAUCGUAACAAGGCCAAAGCACCUCCUUCAAGGUUCCUGGAGGCGGCGUCAUUCAGGAGAGACUUCAUCCAACGAAGGCGCGGGGAGUUGACGCCAGUGCUAAAACCAGCUCCAGUUGGCGAGAAUGGCGAACCUAUAGAAAGGCCGGCACGAGCUUUAGAGGUGCCGGUGGGCGCAGGUAUACUCGUCAACGUUGGUGCUGGGUCAACCAUCGAUCCGUUAACUGGCCGUCCAGUCGGUGGUCCUUCUAGCAGUCCUCAGCCCCCAGUCGAUAGUUCUCAGGGUCGACCUUUUAAUAAUCCCUCGGGGCGGCCUGAAGAUGGUUUCCCAAAUCGUCCUUAUGAUAAUCCUUCAGAGCAGCCCUUCGAUAAUUCUCAAGGUCGACCUUUUAAUAAUCCCUCGGGGCGGCCUGAAGAUGGUUUCCCAAAUCGUCCUUAUGGUAAUCCUUCAGGGCAGCCCUUUGAUAAUUCUCAAGGUCGACCUUUUAAUAAUCCCUCGGGGCGGCCUGAAGAUGGUUUCCCAAAUCGUCCUUAUGGUAAUCCUUCAGAGCAGCCCCUCGAUAAUUCUCAAGGUCGACCUUUUAAUAAUCCCUCGGGGCGCCCUGAAGAUGGUUUCCCAAAUCGUCCUUAUGGUAAUCCUUCAGAGCAGCCCCUCGAUAAUUCUCAAGGUCGACCUUUUAAUAAUCCCUCGGGGCGGCCUGAAGAUGGUUUCCCAAAUCGUCCUUAUGGUAAUCCUUCAGAGCAGCCCUUCGAUAAUUCUCAAGGUCGACCUUUUAAUAAUCCCUCGGGGCGGCCUGAAGAUGGUUUCCCAAAUAGACCCAUUGAUAAUCCUUCAGAGCAGCCAGUUGAUACCUUCCAGGGUGGUUGUCCUUUUGGUAAUCCGUCAGGGCAGCCGUGCAUACAGUCUCCUCCUACAAUAUUUCAUAGCCCAUCCUACCCAGGCACGUUGUUCCCAGUAACUACAACUCCAAACGUUCUCUUCUCAAGGCCAACAACACCUUUCCUAUCUUUCCCUCAGCCGCCAAGGCCUAAUAUUAUUUUUGCAGUACCGACCACUUUCAGACCAUUUACACCAAGACCAACCAUUCCACGUCCCUCUGAUGCAAGACCAAUCACCCCAAAUCCCCUUAUCCCAAGGCCAACUACUCUAAAUCCCUUUAUCCCAAGGCCAACUACCCCAAGUCCCUUUAUCCCAAGGCCAACUACCCCAAAUCCCUUUGACCGAAGACAAACAACACCAAGUCUCUCCUUCCCAGUAUCUACUACUCAGAAUUCCUUUGGGUCAAGACCAACUGCUCAAAAUCCCCCAGACUUCAUACCAACCACACCAACUCCUUUCGCUCCAGGAGUUGUAGUCCCAAGUCGCCCCUCCCAAACACCAUCCAACUUCCCCCCAAUUGCCUCCCAACCCUCAACGCCAAAUAUUUUAUUCCCAGAUAAUUUUUCUCCAAAUCCCUUUGUCCCAAGACCAACAACAUCAAGGCCAUUUAUCCCAGGACCAACGACGCCAAGGCCAUUUAUCCCAGGACCAACGACGCCAAGGCCAUUUGUCCCAAGACCAACAACAUCAAGGCCAUUUGUCCCAGGACCAACGACGCCAAGCCGAUUUGUCCCAGGACCAACGACGCCAAGACCAGUUGUCCCAAGACCAUUUGUCCCAGGACCAACGACACCAAGGCCAUUUGUCCCGGGACCAACAACACUAGGGUCAUUUGUCCCAAGACCAACGAUAUUUGUCCCGAGACCUACAACCCAAAGACCAUCGAUAACUGGCAUAAUUUUCCCAAUACCAACGACACCAAGUUCAGUGUCGCCCGAAAUAACAAGAUCCCCUCCAAUACUUCCCAACCCGUCAACAUCUCCUCAAGAACCUCUGCACCCACCAACAUUUACUCCAGGCGUCUUUAAGCCACCUUUACAUCCCAACGUAAACAGAGUACCGUCGUAUGGUAGCCAACUGAACCCCAACUUUUUGUUAUUUGUACCUAACUUCAGCGGCUACCCAGUCAUACCCCAGGGUUACCCACACAUUCAUCCAUUGCCGAGGUUCCCAAAUCCAAAUUUCUUGGUGACAAAUCCUUUCGGCUAUCAUACUUUCGCUAGCAACCAGCUUGACUCACACAAUUUCCCCAUCGUCAGGAAUUUGCAGCCUUCAGGUCAGGGACACAGUGGUGGGAUUCCCACUGUUCACAGCCAUCCAGAUAUAGUACUGCAACCACCUGUGUAUGAAUUCGAACAGGAACCCCAGUACUCACACGGGUACACAGUUAAUAGUCUCACCACCGGGGACGUGAAGGGCGCCCACGAAGUGAAGGACAAUAAGGGGGUGGUGUCUGGCGGCUAUCACCUCCUGCAGCCCGACGGCCGCCUCAGGGUGGUGUCUUACAAGGUCAAUGGCGCGGGAGGCUUCAACGCCCGUGUCAACUAUCUCCCUCCACGCCAAGGAUGAUCUGGGCAGUGAUGGGUGAUGGAAAUAGAAAGAACCGAAUCGGGGAAGCAGAAUAAAAACAGCUGAAUUCAUAUAUAUAUAUAU